AUGUUAGAUACACUUGCACAUACUAUAUUGAGACAAAUAAUUAAGUAUAUUAAUGAAGAGAGUGCACUUGAUGUAAUAUGUCUGUUGUUGACAUCAAAGUCAUUGUUCAACAUCAAACACUUAUUCAAUCUAAACUUGAACACUCACAAGUUCAAGAUCAUCCAGCAGCAGGACAACCUGAUCAUACCUCAAUUCAACAAUAUCUGGAAUCAGGACUCUGUCGAGUGGAAUAACUUGAAGUAUCUGACAUUGGACAAUUCCUUCUUUGAUUUUGAGGCACCUCCAUUGAGCGUAUCAUUGCCACCUGCCCUGUUCAUAUUACUGCUUGAGGGCUUUAACGUCCCUAUCGUACCUGGAUCACUCCCCAUCACACUCAAGGAGUUGUACUUGGGCGAUGAUUAUAAUCAACCACUUCAAGUUGGAUCCCUACCUCCAAACCUAGAUGUUCUAGAGUUUGGAAACAACUAUCUCCAACCUAUUGAAGUUGAUAUCCUACCCAACUCCAUUGUCGACUUGUUCUUUGGGGAUGCAUUCGACAUUGCCUUUCUUCCAGGAUCUCUCCCGACAUCACUUACUACCCUUCAUCUGGGUUACUAUUACAAUCAACCAAUGGAAAAUGGUGUCCUGCCUCUGGGUCUGACACAGCUGGAGUUUGGAGUUGAAUUCAACCAACCACUUGGUCGACAUAACCUUCCAUCAACCUUACAAUCACUAGUACUUGGCCAAGGAUAUAAACUAACGUUUACUCCUGGAUCCAUGCCUGUCUCACUUACCUACAUACAUGGUGGUUUGCUAUUCGAUCAACCUCUAGUGCCCGGUGUCUUUGACAACCUAAAGACCCUGCACUUCGGCACCAAUUUCAACAUGCCAUUGACCACUGGCAGUCUGCCACAGUCUAUCAACACAAUAUUCCUUGGAGACUCUUUCAAUCAUGUCAUACCAAGUGAUACGUUUCCAAAAUCACUUCAAUCAAUCAAGUUUGGAUAUCGCUACAACAAGGUGAUUGCGCCAGGUGUCCUCCCACCAAACCUCAUUGUGUUGAUAAUGGGCGUAUGUUUCAAUCAACCAUUUGUACCAGGUUGUCUUCCUGCAACACUCAAGAUACUGAAUUUGGGCAGAUCUGGUUUCAAUCAUACACUCACAGACAAGACAUUGCCAGACUCACUUGAUCAUCUCAGAUUGGGAUCAUGUUUCAAUCAACAUAUUGUCACACUUCCACCAGCACUGACAUAUCUAAACAUGUAUCCAGCAAGAGAUCAACAUUUUACAACUGGUAUCCUACCUUAUAAAUUGUUGACAUUGAAGCUGAAACACUUGGACAAAGAUCCAUUACCAAUGGUGUUGCCAGACUCUAUCACUCACCUAUACCUCGGUUCUCUAUUCAAUCAAACUAUAUCCACUGGACUUCCAGCUUCACUCAAAUACCUCAGACUUGGACAUAAUUUCAAUCAGGAAGUGUUCCCUGAUCACCUUCCAUCAGGCAUCCAAUCUUUAAAGAUGGACAAUAUCCAGGCACAACUUCCAAAGUUCAAAGGUAUCUUCAAUAGUGUUGAACGUCUGGAUAUUGGCCUUGACCAGGAUCAACAGAUCUAUUUGUGGAUGAUACCGCAACUCUUCCCAAAUCUUGUUACAAUGGCCGUCAAUUUCAAGUUCAAUCCUGCAAAGUUCCAACAGAUACUUGGACUACUACCACAACUCAAACAUCUAAAGAACAUUGAACUGGAGCAUAGUGGAAAGAAGGUACAAAUACGUCUUGUGGACGAUGUUCAACAAGUGGCAAUAUUCCUUGUUGAUGACUUUGAUGGAUGGUUCGUCAACAUCCAGGACCAAAGUUUGAUCAAACUCUUGACAGAGACUUUCCCCAACCAACCUGAUUACAUCUAA